AUGUCCACUCCAACACUCGCUAUAGACACUCAGACUAUCAGGGGUCGCAGCAAAACCAUCGCAACAGACCAAUCCGAAAACCAUACACUACUUGUUCGACACUGGACUGGUGAUGGGUUGCAAGCCUCAUCAAGCGGACUCGAAAAGUCAAAGUCGAUGCUUGAUCUCUCUGGAUUGCAGCAACAGGAUAGAGCAUGGGAAGUUACAUUAUCAAAGAUGGAGUUUGCGAAGGAAGACGGACGUAUGGAUUCUCAAGAAUCUUUGAACGGACCCGAAGAGUAA